AAAAACUAAAAUGGAUUUCUUUAACGAAUUUAAGCUCGAUAAGAAGGAGCUUCUGCGAUUGGUUGAAAAUGCAACAAAUAUCAAUGAUAUACAAUCCACUAGGGCAAAGCUAGGCGUAAUGCAAACAAAGUUCAAUGAAAGCGCAGAUAUACUCCCUGCAUAUGAUCAGAAAAGCUAUACAGUUCAAUUAGCUGAACUCACGCGAAUUCUUGCAGAGAAACAGGCGACCGUUACCCCAGCACCCCGUUUUAGCUUUCGCAAUAAGUCGCAUGCAAAGAAGAUGAAUGUUGCACAGAAUUCACGUACAGUUCAACAAACUCCGCCUCUCGAGAAGCACCUGGAUAACACAUCUGUUGUUAUAGCAGAUAUAUCUAAUGAGGUCUGCGAUAAGGGUGUAUUAGGUAGUCUAGUAGUGCGCAAUAUUGAAUCUAUCGUUGCUCGCAUCGUAAGAACAUCUGGAUGUCAUGCUCACAAUAUCCGCAAAUGUAUCAUCAACUUUGGCAACAUAGAUGGUAGUUUAUUCCUUCAGAAUAUUACAAAUGCGAUAAUAGUCUCAAACUGCCACCAAUUCCGCAUGCAUGCGUCAGAAAAUGUCGUAGUAUGUCUCAAAACUACCUCCACCGCCGUUAUUGAGGACUGCAAAGGUAUAGUAUUUGUCAAACACCCCAAGAGCGAUAGCAUACCAUCCGUGUCUGACUUUGAUUCCCCGUUGUCGUCAGAUAAUUUUACGACGAGCGAGCGCUAUAAUGGCUUAGAUGAUAUUUUUGACAGUUUAGAUAUCAACCAUCUCAAAUUCACUCCUCAUUAGAUAGUUAUUUUAGCAUACAUCAGCAUUUUUAUGGUUAUACAGACGUGAUAUGGGGGAGAUCUCAUAUGAGCUUAAUAAUAAUGAACCAUAAGCUAAGCCUGGGAUGCAGAAAAUUAUACCAAUGCCAGCAACAAAACCAAGUACG